CGGGCGGCGGCCGAUUGAGGGCGGGGGUCGGCGGCCCGGCCAGCCCGGCCCGGCCCGGCCCGGGGCCGUGUCCUGAGCGUCCGCCCUCGCCGCUGCAGCCUCGGCACCCGGCCGGCCGGCCAUGGAGGCCGAGCGCUCUCCGGUGCCCGUUCCGGGUUGCGGGCGCCCCCCGCCCCGUGCCGCCGGCCGGGACCCCGCGGCCUCGCCCAUGUCGGUGCCCGCGCCGCCGCAGGGCCCUGCCGUGGGCGGCGGCUUUGCGGGCUUGGAGUUCGCGCUGCCUCAGGAGCCAGAGCCGCGGGCGGCGGACCUGGGGGUCCCGGGGACGUGGGCGGGGGCGGGAGGAGCGGCGGGGCCCCCGACGCCGUCGGCGCACAUCCCGGUGCCAGCGCAGAGAGACCCCCCAGGAAAAUCCCGGCUGGACGAGGUCAUGGCUGCGGCAGCCCUCACCAGUCUGUCCACCAGCACCCUCCUUCUGGGGGCCCCAGCUGCAGCCUGUAGCCCAGAGCCUGGCUUGGAGCCCUGGAAGGAGGCCCUGGUGCGGCCACUGGGCAGCUGCAGCAGCAGCGGAGACUGGGGCUGGGACCUGGCCAGUGACCGGUCCUCUCCAUCUAUCCCUUCACCCCCACCGCCCUCCGAGGCAGCCCAUUUCCUAUUCGGGGAACCUGCCCCAAAGAAGAGAAAGAGCUCCGUGCGGGUCCUGUUCCAGUGUCUGUGGAAGCGGUGUGGGAAAGUGCUGAGCACGGCCUCCGGGAUGCAGAGACACAUCCGCCUGGUGCACCUGGGGCGGCAGGCAGAGCCUGAGCAGAGCGACGGGGAGGAGGACUUCUACUACACAGAGUUGGACGUUGGCAUGGAUGUGCUGACGGACGGGCUGUCCAGCCUGUCUCCAGCGGCCUCUGUGCCCCCCGCCUCCCCCUGCCUGGAGCUGCCAGAGCCUCGGACCCUGUCCAGCCUGCUGCACCCUCUGGCCCUGCCCCCAGUUCCGGUGCUGAGCCCCGUGGCACCCCGCGAGGCGCGCCGAGGUGACGACGCCUACCAGGGCUGCCUGGCCCCCACCCGCCCGGAGCCACAGCCGACCACCGUCAGGACCUGUGUGCCGACCCCGCCCUCCAGACUCGGCGCCAGCCCAAGGAAGCCCCGAGGUGAUGCCAAGAAGUGCCGGAAGGUGUAUGGCAUGGAUCACAGGCACCUGUGGUGCACAGCCUGCCGCUGGAAGAAGGCGUGCCAGCGCUUCCUGGACUGAGCCCCCCCCCGCCCCCCACCCCCAUGCCAGCGCUCCCUGGACUGAGCCCCCCAUCCCGCACCCUGCCCCCCGCCCCCAUGCCAGCGCUCCCUGGACUGAGGGUCCCCCAUCCCACCCCCCCCAUGCCAGCACUCCCUGGACUGAGCCCCCCCAUGGCCCCCGCACCCCCCCACCUCUCUGUGCCCACGCUCCCUGGACUGAGGCCGUCCCCGCCCCCACCCCCACCCCCACCCGCACUUCCUGGACUGAGCCCCCCACCCACCCCCAUGCCCCACACCGUGCUGCUGCCUGCUCUCCAGGACUUUUUAAAGGAAAAAAUAAGCUACCCCCGACUCCCCAGCCUGGGGCUUCUCCCAGCUGCAGGGUUUACUUUUUAACAGUGGGGGAAGUUGGUGACCCUGGACCCCCAGAGGUUGGGGGGGAGGGGUUCUUGCCACUCAAAGUGCCUCUGAAGAAACCAGCCUUUUGCACUAAAGCCAACCUCACAGCCGUCCCCCUGGCCCGGGGUCCCUGGGGGUGGCUGCCCUCCCUGCCCGUCAGCCCGUGGACUUGUCAGGGCGCUGAGGCUGAACUUCAGGGCCGCGUGGGGGGCCAGUCUGUGAUGCGCCCUGAGGGGAGGGGCCUCCUGCCUGCACUUAACCUGAUGGUUCCAGGGCCCAGGGGCUGACCUUUGUCUCCUGUUUGUGAAGCUCAGGUGUCUCGAGUCUGGGCCAUACCAGGCGAGGAGAAAAAUUAAAGAUUUGGGGUUUUUCCAGAAA